GGAUCAUGCACGGGCAGUUGGCCCCAAAUGGUCACCAUAUGUUGAGUAGUUUCAUCAAUGUUUGUCGCUUUCUUCACAUCCCUCUCUCUCUACGCCUUUUUGACCACAUGUUUGAUGUCCGGUCUGGGUCCAAGGAAACCCUUAGAUUCGUGGUUGUGUCUUCUCACCAAGGCCAGGCAUUCCUUUCCGGUCUUCCUCCUUCUAACAGGGGUUGGAAGGACAAAUAUGUUUCCAUCAAAUUCCCCCUAGGCGCUUUUCCCUUUGCCCAAAAUGCCUGGGGGAAAAGGAUGAAAGUCCAAGUCAAGCCCCGAGAGGCUGACGACCUGGCCGGCUGGGAAACCACUCUCCGGGCAGGAGACGCCACCACCCGCGGCCCUUACAAUGUCGGGAAGUGGGGUGUCUAUUCCGGGUGGGAGACUGAUCCUGAGCUAGAAAUUAUUCUGACUGAGGUGAUUCCUGACGCCAUUCCCAUCCGCCGGGUGAAAGGGUCAAAAGCCCCGUUUUCUACCCCCGCCGGUUCCUUGCGCCCGAGGAUGAAGAAAGAGAAAGUGGUGAAGUUCAGCUCAAAAUUCGCCACUCCCAAAAUCGUCGCUGAGGAACCCCCAACUGCCCAGCCCCUCAGCGAGCCCUUCGGCCACCUGUUCUCACUGGAUGAGCAGCCGGCUCAAUCGCAUCAGGGCACCAGCCAGCCAAUCCACUCCGGGGAGCUCUACAUCAAUGUAGACACCAUGGAGUUUGAUAAUAUGCUGGCGGAAACUGGUCACACGUCAGAGGCCGGUAUGGGUGGCCAACAAGCUGAGGGGGGCCACGACGAGAAGGAGGCUUCUGAGGAGGCUCUUCAAAGGAAGCGUCGGAGGACGCAAGUCGUGGACCAGCAGGCCCAGUCCUCCGGCGCCGGCAAAGGGAUCGGCGAGCCUCGGGUUUUUGCCAUGAUGGUCCGGUCGGACGAAGAGCUCUACUUGGCCUUCUGUUCCGAUCUGCAAGAGGUAAUCCCCCAAUCCUUCUUACAUUCUCACUUUUGCAUUUCCAAAAUCAUAUUUCUGAAAAAUUUUCAUCUCUUUGAAGCAGGUCGGACGGAUUGGCCAGGAGUACUUCUCCCAGCUGGUGAAGUCCAAAGAGGAGGAGAAGGCUCGGCUGGAGGGCAUGAUGGUAGCAUGUCGGAAGGAUGCCCAGGCCGCCCAUCUGAAAGCGGAGAAGGCCUAGGAGAAGCUGUUAGAGAAUUGCGCGGCUUCCGCAAGCUCUAUGCCAAACAUGAAGGUCUGCUGAAGGCCGCGAAAGAGGCCGACGAGCAAGCUCAGAAGAAGAUCCAAAGGCUUGAGGCAGAGAAGGCCGCGCUGCAGGAAGAGGCGUCUCGAUCAGCCGAGGAGAUUGCCCGGCUUGGGGAUGAGCUGGAGAAGGAGCGCGCAGAAAGGGCGUCUCUUGCCGCUGCCUGGGCCAUCCAAGAGUCGGAGCAGUUUGCCAACCGGGCGAUAGCGGACCGGGAUGCUGCCAUCCGGUUGUUCCAAGGGCUCUAUAAGCACGAGCCAUCAGCCAAGGUCAUCGAUGAAAUCGGGACCUUUGGCUUCGAAAGUGGCCAAUAUGACGAACGUCGGGCGCUCUAUGGCAUUCUCCAACGGCGGAUCCAAGGUUUCGAGCCCAAGGCCUUCUCACUGCCCGAGUUGCAUGACGAAGCGCCGGUCGCGCCUUUCGAAGGCAUCUGAACUCCAGCCUACCUCCUCUCUUUUUUUUUAUUUCAGUCGUGUAAUGAUCAGCCUCCGGGCACUUUUGUAAACCACUUUUAAUAUAUCAAUGAAGUUAUU